AUGUCACAUGACUUAACUGCAAUCUUUUUAUAUGUUCAUAGUGAAGACAAGUUGCAGCGGAAAGAAAAAAUACCAACAACGAAACCACCGGUUUCCAUCUUUUCUGUUGAGAUUGAGUUACAGAUUGAUACUCAAUGGGAACAGAGAUACGUCUGUUAUUCAGUUGCUGAUUUGCGCGCGGUGGUGCUUGUCGCUAAUUAG